AGGAGUUAGGUAGGGGCGAAAAGAGGCCUUCCCACGGAAAACGGAAAAGCAGGUACCCUUCCGUGCCUCGGACAUUCGAGAACUGGCUAGACGGGUUUCAGGCCUUUAUGGGGACAAUAGUUGCAGCCUAUCCUAAACGGGCUGUUCACUUGGUUGCUUACCUUUCUCACAUUCGAACGGCUUGCGCCCUCUCGGGGGAAGCCGCCGCCAUAAAUUAUGACAAGAAGUUUCGUAGAAAGGCCUCCAGGAUCCCACUUGCACGCUGGGACCAGAUCGAAAAUGGCAUCUGGUCAGUAGCGGUCGGCCC